UACUUCCAGCGGAGAAUCGCGCAGCCGCCCGGACCUCCCUCCCCUGCCGCACGCCCCUCCCACCCCGCCACCACCUUCGCUCGGUCUGACUUCCAGUCGCACUUUCGUCUUGGGGCUUGCUCACCGGGCGCUUUUCCUGUCUAAGCAGGCAGCAGCUUCUUCGCAGUUAAAAAUAAAAGCCAGAAGGGAAGUUGUUGCGACGUGAAAGCCUCCUAGUAAUCGUCUUUCUGACUAGUAAACCAAAGGGCUCUCCAAAACCAAGAAAUACAGUAACCUCUUGCUCCGCCCCAACCCUCCAUUUCUACCUAGCAACAGAUGACCGAACCUCGCCUUGUAGCUAGGCUAUUGGCCAACUUGAAUCUUCAUCUGCAAUUUUGAUUGGUCAUCCGUGGUAGUCCGAAUGUUUCCAAUUGGCGAAGCUGCCACGGCCUCCCCUCCCCCCCGUUGGUCCGCAGAGGAAGCUGGAAAGGCGGGGUCGUUUCUGCGGGAUUACUUUUCUGGGGCCGCUCCUGAUUGGGCGGCGUGAUGCGAUGCGCGCGACCCUUUAGACAACAAACUGUCAAGGGACUGGACCCUGUCCUCUGGGUGCUCCCACCCGUAAUCGGAAACCCAGGGGCAGACUUCCGGGCUAGGGCCCUUGCAGAGGGCAAGGGGUGGCCGCGGGGCUCGGGCCACAUUCGCCUGGGUUUCCCAGCUCCGGGCACCGACAUCAACGAAUGCUCCUUGAAUAUACGUGCGAAUAAAGAGCCGGGACGGAGUUCCGCAAGACCCCUGGGCGGCGGAGUCAUGGACAAGCGCCUGCAGGAGGCUCAGCUGUACAAGGAGGAAGGGAACCAGCGCUACCGGGAGGGCAAGUACCGAGAUGCUGUGAGUCGGUACCAUCGCGCUCUGCUUCAGCUGCGGGGUCUGGAUCCCAGUCUGCCCUCCCCGAUACCCGACCUGGGACCCGAGGGCCCGGCUCUCACACCUGUUCAGGAAAGCAUGCUGCACACCACCCAGACAGACUGCUACAACAAUCUGGCUGCCUGUCUCCUUCAGAUGGAGCCAGUCAACUACGAACGAGUGAAAGAAUACAGCCAGAAAGUCCUGGAACGACAGCCUGAUAAUGCCAAGGCCUUGUAUCGGGCCGGAGUAGCCUUUUUCCACCUGCAGGACUAUGACCAAGCUCGGCACUACCUCCUGGCUGCUGUCAACAAGCAGCCAAAAGAUGCCAAUGUCCGGCGGUACCUCCAGCUGACACAGUCGGAACUCAGUAGCUACCAUCAGAAAGAGAAGCAGCUCUACGUGGGCAUGUUCGGUUAACAGAGAAGAAUGACGCUUCUCCACUUGGACUUCGGGGAAAGUCUCAUCCAGUGAACCCGAGCCUUGCAGGAGACACGAGCCCCACACCUCUGAUCCAGGUGUCUGUCUGCCUUUCUAGUCCUGCACAGACUCUGAACUACUUACACAGUCCGCCUUUGUUUUUUUGUCUGUCCAUCUAUAUGUUUGUAUAGCUUUUAAUACAUGGUAUUCUUGGGGACAUUUUCCCUGAGAAUUACAACCAGAAUAUAUUCAUCACCUGUGUGUGGAAUUAAUCAUAGAUUCUAAUGAUGGAUGUUGUCAGAUGUAUUCAUACACAGAGGAGACGUUUAGCAGAGGAUGAAGGAAGGAUUGGCAGAGAGGAGUUUCUUCCUUUGUUUUCUCAGAUGCCCAAAGCCAAAGUUAGGCCAGAAACUGGGCAGUAUAUUUCUUUUGUGAAACUAGACAAUUACAAAUUGGGCCCACAUGUCUUAAAAUGAAAGGUUUCAGUGCUCGCUUCGGCAGCACAUAUACUAAAAUUGGAACGAUACAGAGAAGAUUAGCAUGGUCCCUGUGCAAGGAUGACACGCAAAUUCAUGAAGCGUUCCAUAUUUAAAAAAAAAAAAGAAAGGUUUCAAAUUAAAUUAAUUCCUUAUUUUUAAUAUUCCACACAUAUUCGGAUUCUUCUUCCCCUACAAAAGUAUCUGGUUCCUAUUGUUUGGGUAAUUUCUAGUCGUUGCUGUUGUUUGUAUUCAGAUCAUUAGAGUAGACUUAUUUAAUUUUUCAUUAAACUCUUCUAUUCUAAGAUCUCUGGAGUCAAGCAUUUAAGUAUUUAUUUAAUAAUCCUUCCACCCUCGUGCUACAAAAACACCCAAGUAAAGCAGUUUAGUUUUUAAUAAGUGCAUUGCUAUAGUAUGCUUGUUUCUCUGAAACUUAGGAAAGACAGAUUACUAAGUCUAGAAACAGUACCAUGAACGAGCAGGAUAAAAGCAUAAAUCUGUUCUCUACCCGUCACCUUGUAUUUAGCCAGAGCCCAGUUCCCCUACAGAGGAGGGAAACCAUGAGGAAGGGUUCUCCUUCCUUAGUUAGUGCCUUUUAAGUACCGUUUUCAAAACCUUCUGGAAGCUGUGCGGGAACCAGCGCAGGCUGCGGAGCUGAUGCAGCCAUGGCUCAGCAGGAGGCUCCAUCCACCUUCCACUCACUUGUGAAUAAUGUCCACAAUGUAGUUCUUUCUACAGAGUAGAGGAGACCGAAUAGCACUGCCUCUGCUUUUGUGAGUGGAGCGAAUAAGCCUGUGUCAUCAGCCAUCACAUAGCCACCGACUGCAGAAAGAAACACCUUAGUCUUGCCAGACGUACCUAAGUUCUUCUCCCUUUAUCAGUCACUCCCCAUCUCCCAGUAAAAUAGCUCCUCUUCGUGUCUCCCUGUUCCCUUCAAUAUUGCAACCAUCAGCUUACAACACAAACUUCUACGAAAUAAUCUUUUUAAAAAAAUAUAUGUUAUUGAUUUUUCACAGAGAGGAAGGGAGAGGGACAGAGAGCUAGAAACAUCGAUGAGAAACAUCGAUCAGCCGCCUCCUGCACACCUCCUACUGGGGAUGUGCCCACAACCAAGGCACACGCCCCUGACCGAAAUCGAACCUGGGACCCUUCAGUCCACAGGCCGAUGCUCUAUCCACUGAGCCAAACCGGCCAGGCCAAAAUAAUCUUAAUGAAUCCAAGGAUAGAACUAACAAAAGUAGAAUCUUUUAUUCCUUUUCCAAGCCUCUUAACAUUUCUUUUUUUUUUUUUUUAAAUAUAUUUUAUUGAUUUUUUACAGAGAGGAAGGGAGAGAGAUAGAGAGUUAGAAACAUCGAUCAGCUGCCUCCUGCACAUCUCCUACUGGGGAUAUGCCCACAACCCAGGUACAUGCCCCUGACCGGAAUCGAACCUGGGACCUUUCAGUCCACAGGCCGACGCUCUAUCCACUGAGCCAAACAGGUUUCGGCGCCUCUUAACAUUUCUAAAUCUAGAUUGUUGACAAAACGUUGUCAUGGUUGCAUGUUUUGUUUGUUUGGGGCUGCUUUUGCUUUCUGAUUUCAUUCUGUUUGUGGUUUGUUUUUCAAGACAAUGUUCCUGUGAGCUACCUUCUGUAUCAAUGAGGAAAAAAUAAAACAUAUUUAAAAAUGAAUUUUGGAAAGUG